AUGAUGGUGGCGGGAAACACCGCUCACGGUGUCUACCGUAGAUCAUCCGAAAUAAAACAGUUUAUCGAUGUAAACGGAGUAGAGGAACUGCAUCAACAUAGCUUUGAGGGACAGCAACUUAAACUGGGAGCUAAUCUCAGUCUGACUCAGACUAUGGAAAUCAUUCGGACGACCUCUAAGCAGCCAGGAUUUGAGUACUUGGAAGUCCUUUGGAAUCACAUUGAUCUGAUCGCCAACGUACCAGUGCGAAACUCAGGAACUUUGGCUGGCAACAUCUCGAUAAAAAAGCAACACCCCGAGUUUCCUUCGGAUAUUUUCAUAUCCUUUGAAGCUCUGGACGUAAAAAUCCUGACCGCCAAAAAGGCCACUAAAGAGCAGAUACUAACUAUGUCGGAAUAUUUGAGUUCGAAUGACAGGAAGCUGGUGAUCAAGGGAUUUAUACUUCCUGCUUAUCCCAAGGAUACUUAUAUUUACGACUCUUACAAGAUCAUGCCACGUGCCCAGAACGCACACGCUUAUGUAAACGCAGCUUUCCUCUUGGAACUGGAAACUGACUCCAAAGUAAAAUCCGCCCGCAUCUGCUUCGGGGGAAUCCGACCCGAUUUUGUUCACGCCUCUGCGGUUGAGAAGUUGCUGGUGGGUCAGAAUCCGUAUGAAAACAAUUCGGUGGAACAGACAUUCAACAAACUCGGUGAAGUGAUCGAACCUGAUGAGGUGCUACCUGACGCCAGUCCCGCUUAUAGAUCCAAGUUGGCCUGUGGACUCCUCUACAAGUUUCUCUUGAAACAUGCUCCCUCCGCCGAUAUCAGCGAGAAAUUCAGGAGUGGUGGCCAGAUCCUUCAGCGUCCUCUGUCCUCCGGACUGCAGCUCUUCCAGACCCAGAAGAAAAGUUAUCCCGUCACUCAGGCUGUGGAGAAAGUUGAGGGUAUGAUCCAGUGCUCCGGAGAAGCCACUUACAUGAAUGAUGUGUUGACUACUUCCAACGCUGUUCAUUGUGCUUUUGUGGGAGCCACCAAGGUGGGAGCCACCAUCGACCAGAUCGAUGCAUCGGAGGCUCUGAAGCAGCCAGGAGUAAUAGCCUUCUUCUCUGCAAAGGACAUUCCCGGAACGAAUACCUUCAGUGAUCCCAGUUUUGGGUUUCAGGUUGAAGAAAUUUUCUGCUCGGGAUUGGUUCGCUUUUGUAACCAGCCUUUUGGAGUUAUUGUUGCUCUUUCGGCGAAUCAGGCCCAAAAGGCUACCGAGCUGGUAGAGAUCAUAUACAGCAAUCCCAACCCUGAGUUUAAGUUGCUUCCCAGCUUGAAGGAUGUGUUUGCAUCUUCCAUUCUAGAUCAAUCUCGGAUUUCUCUCGUGGCAAAGUCAGAUGUGAAGAAACUACAAUUUUCCGACGAACCACAGAAGGAGGUUCGUGGAAUUUUUGAGAUAGGGUUGCAGUAUCAAUUCACAUUGGAACCACAGACAACGGUGGCGAUUCCUUUCGAGGAAGGCCUCAAAGUAUUCUCUUCUACCCAAUGGAUGGAUCAUACCCAGGCUGUUAUUGCUCAUUGCCUUCAGAUGAAGGCAACAAAUGUGCAAUUGCAAGUUCGCCGAUUGGGCGGAGCUUAUGGCUCUAAGAUUUCCCGAGGCAACCAGGUGGCUUGUGCUGCUUCUUUGGCCGCUUACAAGCUUAACCGUCCUGCACGCUUUGUACAGAGCCUGGAGUCCAUGAUGGAUUGCAAUGGGAAGAGGUGGGCUUGCCGCUCCGACUACCAAUGCCAUGUAAAGGAUAAUGGCAAGAUUGUUGGAUUAUCGCACGAUUACUUUGAAGAUGCAGGAUGGUGCCCCAACGACAGUCCCGUCAACCUUCAAUCCAAGUUCACCGCCUCCAAUUGCUACGACUUCACCGAGCAAAAUUUUAAGCUGAAUGGCCACGAGGUUCUCACAGAUGCCCCCAGUUCCAGUUGGUGCCGAGCUCCAGGGUCGGUUGAGGGAAUCGCCAUGAUAGAGAACAUCAUUGAGCAUGUUGCUUUCGAGGUGCAGAAGGAUCCAGCUGAAGUAAGAUUGGUUAACAUUUGUCCUGGAAACAAAAUGAGCGAAUUGCUGCCCGAAUUCCUAGAGUCCAGGGAUUAUUAUAAAAGAAAGCAGCAGAUCGAGGAUUAUAAUGCCACAAACCGAUGGAUAAAGCGGGGAAUCGGAUUGGCUGUUAUGGAAUACCCCGUCUACUAUUUUGGACAGUACCCGGCCACAGUGGCCAUUUACCAUGUGGAUGGAUCGGUUGUGAUUAGCCACGGAGGCAUCGAAAUGGGGCAGGGUAUGAAUACAAAGAUUGCUCAAGUGGCGGCCUACACAUUGGGUAUCGUUAUGAGCUACAUCAAAGUGGAGUCCUCGGACACCAUCAAUGGAGCCAACUCAAUGGUAACUGGUGGAGCUCUAGGUAGUGAAAGGCUUUGCUUCGCCGUUCGAAAAGCCUGUGAAACCCUAAACGAUCGUUUAAGACCCCUUAAAAAGAAGGAUGCCACAUGGCUGGACAUUGUAAAAACAGCUUAUAGGAAAUCGAUCAACCUAAUUGCUUCUGAACACUAUAAAGAAGAUGAUAUGGAGAACUAUCACAUCUAUGGACUGGCGCUCACAGAAAUAGAGCUCGACGUACUCACCGGAAACAGUCAGAUCACGCGGGUAGACAUUUUGGAGGAUGCUGGGGAAAGUCUGAGUCCUUACAUUGAUGUGGGCCAGGUGGAAGGUGCCUUUGUGAUGCUCUUGGGCUACUGGCUAAGUGAGCAGUUAGUUUAUGAUCGUGAAACGGGUCGCUUGCUGACCAACCGUACCUGGAAUUAUAAGCCCCCAGGCGCCAAGGACAUACCCAUUGACUUUCGUAUUGAGCUUAUCCAGAAACCAAAUCCCAGUGGAGCUGGAUUCAUGCGAUCGAAGACCACUGGAGAGCCACCUUGCUGUCUGGCCGUCAGUGUGGUCUUCGCCCUCCGUGAAGCGGUACAGUCGGCGCGUCAGGAUGCUGGACUUCCGAGGGAGUGGGUGCGUCUGGGAGCUCCCACCACUCCGGAAACUUUGGUGCUAAAUGCAGGCCAUGAUGUUGCCAGCUUUAGGCUUAAUUAGUUAUUUAUUCACCCAUUUCAGAGUUCUGGGAAGAGUUUUAUCUUAUUGUUGACCAACUUGAAACAUAAGCCACAAUUUGAGGCACUUUUUAUCCCAUAUUUAAAUUAUUUCGCAUCGGAUUUGGAAAUGGAAAUCAGUGCUCUGAAUAGCUUUUAUCUGCAUAGAAAUAUUUAAAAAAUCAAGAUAUACAAUUUU